AAACAACUCAUGUACUGUUUCACUAGAAAUUUAUAUUUGAUUGGUUUUUGUUAACAUUUGUCUUUUUUGUCUAUGACAACGCUACGUCUUUAUUUAUCGUUCAAAAAAUGUCAAAUAACGAAACAGAACCCGAUGUCAUCAAACGAAUCAUAGGAUACUACAUUCAAAAAGAAUCAUCCGAAAUUUCAACAGUCGGACUUUCAAGAUUAACUCACGCAGUUUUCGGUUCACUACGGGUACAAUUAAACGGAACAUUUGAAAUAGGAAAUGCCUUUUCAAAACGAAAAUUCAAAAACUGGCAAAGAGCAGUGAAAAAUUCAAGUUCAAAUGUUAAAAGCAUGAUUUCAAUUGGCAGAUGGGACUCUGUGACGCAGCUCAGUUCGGUUUUAUUGAAUGUGAAAAGUAGAAGAAUGUUCAUCGAGUCAAUAGUUGAUUUCCUUAAAGAGCACCAGCUAGACGGAAUUGAUUUAUUCUGGAGAUGGGUUCCACUUGCAGUUCAAUCCGAAUUUUGUUUGUUUCUUGAAGAAGUUAAAAUUGAAUUUUUGAAUCAAGAAAAACAAUACAUAUUAUCAAUCACAGCACCACCAGUUGGGAUAGAGAACUAUGAAGAUGGCUAUGAUAUUGAAGAAAUCAUUGAGCGUGUCGAUUUUGUGAAUGUGUACUCUAUGAAUUACGCGGCACCAUGGAGUAAUCAAUGGGGUACACCCACAGGACCAUCUGCUCCGUUGUACGGAGGGCUUGAUGCUAGGAGGAAAUUUAGUGUCGAUUAUACUAUGAAGUACUACAUCAGAUACACUCGAAAACCUGAAAAGUUCAAUUUGAUAAUUCCAUUUUAUGUGAGACAUUGGAGAAAUGUGGAAAACGCGAUUAAACCUGGAAUCGAGGUUUUUAGAAAUGUAACACUUCAAAAUAAUGGAGCGAUCGGAGAAGUUUAUAUGUCUAGAUGGACUGCAGAAAGUGAUGGAAUUGAAUUAUCAAACCCUUCAUGGGAUGAUACAACUAAAACUUUAUACAUUUGGAAACCAGAAACAAAAACUUUUAUCACUUUUGAAACUGAGAAAAGUAUUGAAGCAAAAGCCAAUUAUGUUAAAUCUAUGAAUCUUGGAGGAGUAUGGAUUUGGUUGAUGGAGAAUGAUGAUCAGGAUAAUAGUAUGAUUGAAGCAGUUUCCGGUCAAUUCGGAAAUCCCAGUGAUGAUCAGUCACAGUACGGUGUUAUUGAAUCAGUCGGAUCUCAUUCUAGAAAUUUAAAUAAUAGAAUAAUUCAAAAUAAUCAAUAAAUUAUUUAUGAUGUCUGUAAUAAUUUGAUUGUAUUGCCAGCAUAAUUUGUGUAAAGUGUCAAUGAUGGAAUGUUCAAAAUGUUUGUUAAGUUCAAUGACU